GAAGAUGGCGGGGCUGUGGUCCUGCCGGUGCUGACCAGCCGGAGCUGAGCCCUAGCCCGGCCUGAGCCGGAGCCCUAACCUGAGCCCGGCUCUCGCUGCCGCCGAGCGGUCGCCGCCAUGUCGCUGCUGCAGUCUGCGCUCGACUUCCUGGCGGGCCCGGGCUCCUUGGGUGGAGCUGCCGGCCGCGAUCAGAGCGACUUCGUGGGUCAGACGGUGGAACUGGGCGAGCUGCGCCUGAGAGUCCGGCGGGUCCUGGCCGAGGGAGGGUUUGCAUUUGUAUAUGAAGCUCAAGAUCUGGGAAGUGGCAGAGAAUAUGCAUUAAAGAGGUUACUAUCCAAUGAAGAGGAAAAGAACAGAGCCAUCAUUCAGGAAGUUUGCUUCUUGAAAAAACUUUCUGGCCACCCCAACAUUGUCCAGUUCUGUUCUGCAGCAUCUAUAGGAAAAGAGGAAUCGGAUACUGGGCAGGCUGAGUUCCUCCUGCUCACAGAGCUCUGUAAAGGACAGCUGGUGGAGUUUCUAAAGAGAGUUGAAUCUAAAGGCCCUCUGUCAUGUGACACCGUUCUGAAGAUCUUUUACCAGACAUGCAGAGCAGUGCAGCACAUGCACAAGCAGAAGCCGCCCAUCAUCCACAGAGACCUCAAGGUUGAGAACUUGUUGCUUAGUAACCAGGGGACCAUUAAGCUGUGUGACUUUGGCAGUGCCACGACCAUUUCACAUUACCCGGACUACAGCUGGAGUGCUCAGAAGCGAGCGAUGGUGGAGGAAGAGAUCACGAGGAAUACUACACCCAUGUACAGAACACCAGAAAUUGUAGACCUGUAUUCUAACUUCCCCAUCGGCGAGAAGCAGGAUAUCUGGGCCCUGGGCUGUAUCUUGUACCUGCUGUGUUUCCAGCAGCAUCCUUUUGAGGAUGGAGCAAAACUUCGGAUAGUCAAUGGGAAGUACUCAAUUCCUGUGAAUGAUACUCGGUACACAGUCUUCCACGACCUCAUUCGUGCCAUGCUGAAGGUCAACCCUGAAGAACGGCUGUCUGUUGCUGAGGUAGUGCGCCAGCUGCAGGAGAUUGCAGCAGCCAGGAAUGUGAACCCCAAGGCUCCCAUCACAGAGCUGCUGGAGCAGAAUGGAGGCUAUGGGAACCCAGGGCCAUCCCGAGUGCCACCCCCUGCUGGGUGCCCCGUGACCAGUGGCUAUAGUGGAGGCCUCGCUCUGGCUGAGUAUGACCAGCCUUACGGUGGGUUCUUUGACAUCCUUCGGGGUGGGACAGAGCGACUCUUCACUAAUCUCAAGGACACCUCCUCCAAGGUCAUCCAGUCUGUGGCUAGCUAUGCAAAAGGAGACCUGGACAUAUCUUAUGUCACAUCCAGGAUUGCAGUGAUGUCCUUCCCAGCAGAAGGUGUAGAGUCAGCAAUCAAAAAUAACAUAGAAGAUGUGAGGUUGUUUCUGGAUGCUAAGCACGCAGGACACUAUGCUGUGUAUAAUUUAUCCCCAAGGACGUACCGGGCCUCCAAAUUCCACAACCGGGUCUCUGAGUGUGGCUGGACAGCCAGGCGUGCGCCACACCUCCACAGCUUGUACACCCUCUGUAGGAACAUGCACGCUUGGCUCCGGGAGGACCCCAGGAACGUCUGCGUUGUGCACUGUGUGGACGGGAGAGCUGCAUCUGCUGUGGCUGUCUGUGCCUUCUUGUGCUUCUGCCGACUCUUCAGCACCGCGGAGGCUGCUGUGUACAUGUUCAGCAUGAAGCGCUGCCCGCCAGGCAUUUGGCCGUCCCACAAAAGGUACAUCGAGUAUGUGUGUGACAUGGUAGCGGAGGAGCCCAUCACACCCCACAGCAAGCCGAUGCUGGUGAAGGCUGUGGUCAUGACACCUGUGCCGCUGUUCAGCAAGCAAAGGAAUGGCUGUCGGCCUUUCUGUGAGGUCUAUGUGGGAGAGGAGCGCAUGACCACCACAUCUCAGGAGUAUGAUAGGAUGAAGGAAUUUAAAAUUGAGGAUGGCAAGGCAGUCAUCCCCCUGGGCAUAACAGUUCAAGGGGACGUGCUCAUUGUCAUUUACCAUGCCAGGUCCACCCUGGGAGGGAGGCUGCAGGCCAAGAUGGCGUCCAUGAAGAUGUUCCAGAUCCAGUUCCACACUGGCUUUGUGCCUCGGAAUGCAACCACUGUGAAAUUUGCCAAGUAUGACCUGGAUGCGUGCGAUAUUCAGGAGAAGUACCCAGAUCUAUUCCAAGUGAACCUAGAAGUGGAGGUGGAGCCCAGGGACAGGCCAAGCCGGGAGACCCCACCAUGGGAGAACACCAGCCUGAGGGGGCUGAACCCAAAGAUCCUGUUUUCCAGUCGUGAGGAGCAGCAGGAUAUCCUCUCUAAGUUUGGGAAGCCAGAGCUCCCCAGGCAGCCAGGCUCCACAGCUCAGUAUGAUGCUGAAACGGGGUCUCCAGAGGCUGAGGUCACAGAAUCGGACUCGCCGCAGAGCAGCAGUACAGAUGCCAACCACUUCCUUCACACGCUGGACUGGCAGGAUGAGAAAGAACCAGAGAUGGGUCCAGAAAAUACCUCUCCUAAGGAGAGUCGGUCUGUUCUGAUUCCAGAGAGAGACGGAAGUGAAAUGUCAGAUGAAGAGGAGCUCCCAUUCCCUAGUGAAGACAGGCAGCCAGGGGCUGGUGAGGACACACCAGGCCUGACAGCCAGGUCCAGACAGCAAGACUUAAUAUUUGAGGCAGUCACGCCAGCCACACCACAGGAGACUGCACCAUCGGAAGAGGGCAUUGACCUCCUGGGACUGCACUCUGAGGUGGACCUGGAGCUCACUGCCCCCUCAGAGGCCUGCAGGCCCCCUUCCAGCAAUGCUGACCUGCUCAGUCGCCUCCUUGGACCACCUGACUCUGCCCCAGUGGGGUCCCCAGGUGACCUGCUUGGCAACGAGGCCCCCUUGCUCCUGGCAAGUCCAGUUACUCCCCUAAGUGCACGGAGCACCUCACAAGGAGGGACCCCCGCCACUGCAGACCCAUUUGACCCGCUUCUGCUGUCAUCCAACCCCGACACCCAGCCCUGCUCCAAGCCUGAUCUCUUUGGUGACUUUCUCAACGCUGACUCCACAGUGGCCUCUGGCUCACCUGCCUUCCCCUCCACCCACAGCGCCCCACCCCCAGCCUGUAGUACCACCUUUAUGCAACUAGGGGAUCUGCCAGCAGAGCCUAGCAAGGUGACAACCUCCUCCAGCCAACCGGAUCUGCUGGGAGGGUGGGAUACGUGGGCCGAGGCUGCUGUACCCGGGCCAGCCCCCACACCCAGCACAGAAGGUGCCCUUUUCUCUCCUGGAGGUCAGCCAACCCCUCCCGGCCCGCAGUCUAGCCAGAACAAGUCUCAAACCCUGGACCCAUUUGCUGACCUUGGGGACCUCAGCUCCAGUCUGCAAGGUUCGCCUGCUGGAUUCCCUUCUGGGGGAUUUGUUCCCAAGUCAGCUCCCUCUUCUAAGGGUGGUGGCUCCUGGCAGACAAGUCGACCACCAGCCCAGGGCACCUCGUGGUCCCCCCAGGCCAAGCCACCCCCCAAAGCCUGUGCACAGCCAAGGUCUCACUAUGCUACCAACUUCAGCGUGAUUGGGGGCCGAGAGGAGAGGGGUGUCCGUGCGCCCAGCUUUGCCCAAAAACCCAAGGUCUCAGAGAACGACUUUGAAGACUUGCUGCCUAGUCAAGGGUUCUCCAAGUCCGAUAGGAAGGGUCCAAGGACCAUGGCAGAGAUGCGGAAGCAGGACCUCGCCAGAGAUACAGACCCGCUCAAGCUGAAGCUGCUGGACUGGAUUGAAGGCAAGGAGAGGAACAUUCGUGCACUGCUGUCCACACUGCACACAGUGCUGUGGGAUGGGGAGAGCCGCUGGACACCAGUGAGCAUGGCUGAUCUGGUGACCCCAGAGCAGGUGAAGAAGCAGUACCGCCGUGCAGUGCUGGUUGUGCACCCCGACAAGGCUACGGGGCAGCCAUAUGAGCAGUACGCCAAGAUGAUCUUCAUGGAACUGAACGAUGCCUGGUCUGAGUUUGAGAACCAAGGCUCCCGGUCCCUCUUCUGAAGCUCGUGACUGCCGACUGCACAAGCAGCUCAUGGAGCCGAAGACUGCCAGCCUGACUAUGAGGCACCCAAGGGCUUGGGGUGGGUGUAACAUGUGAUAUGGCCUAGAGGGCCUGAAUCAUCUGCUCCCCACCAUCUCUUCACUGGUCCUGGACAGAUGCCAUUCCACAGCACAGGAGAGAAAACAUUCCAAAGCUCUGGUUUUUGUUCUUUUUCUUUCCCUUGUCCCAGAGGAAAAGUGUUGAUUUACGCUCCUUCCGCGCUGUCACAGUCUGAUUUACUUGGGGUCUUGUGGCUGCCACCUCUCAGGCAGCACCUGUGAUUGCGCUGUUGUACUGUCACUUCUCAGAUGGCAUCUGUGAUCAGGCUCACAAUCGUCUGUACAGAAUUAAACUAUUUUCUGAUGGCUGCUGCAGUCUCCAGCAUGGGUACCACUCCUCCUCAUCUGGCGCCCAGUAACCAGUUUCUUUCUCAGCCUCUCACCCCAUGUGGACUGUUGGAUCUUGAAGUUAAGCUGGAAUUGGGAGCACGGACCAGCAUGGCCAGCGGUGACACCUUCCUCUUGUCAGAGCACUUUCUAAAAGAAGGUUCCAGAGACCACUCAGAAGGGAACCUCCACCAGGACACUGAGUCUUCUCCCCAGGGCUUGAGCCUCACCCACCUGCCUAAGUGCUGCUGGUCUGCACCCCGGCUCAUGGCCAAAGCUCUGCACAGGCUGCAGAGUUGAGUCAUACUGCUCAUGGAUGUUUGCUCUGCUGACUUGUUCUGAGCCUCCUGGGUGACCUUAAGCCAGUGGCCUGGGCCUGGCUGUCACAUGCAGCAGGAAAGCUGGGGUGAGCACAGGCAGAACAUUGCCCCCAGUCACUGUGAAGCCAUGGGCCAGGUGCCCAGAUACUGCCUCCUGGGUUGGGCACUCAGGUCAGAGUGCGGCUUUGAGGGAGAGGGGGUAGGCGGGUACUGUUCCAGAACAACCUGGGUCGUUGUCUGAGAACCAGCCCCAAGGUACUAUGAGACCAAAGAAAGACCUGCAGAGUGCCGCUUACUAGGGACUCACUGGCGGAAGUGUCCUGGGCAGCAGCAGGACCAGUGGGUCCUUGGAAUUUGGGCUAGAAGAUGGGGUGUGUACAUUGGUCAGAACAAAAGUGACCCUGUUACUUUUUGUUGUUUUAAGUUAUGUCAGUCACAUUCCUGGAACCAGAGUCUGGUUGUAAAGCCCCACAAUCUGCUCUGAUGGUCUAUGGUUCUCUAGGAAACUAGUUAAAAACAGCUAGGGUCACUUGGUCAGUUGUGGCAGUCAUGGCUCACAGUGGCUAUGGUUGUGUUGAGCUAGAUCAAUACCGGUGCUGAGCUCAGGGCCCAUGAGUGCCCCUUUUGCGUCUGCAGCCCAGUGGCUAUGCCCCAUGGACUGUCCUGGGUCUUGUCAGGAGAGGGGUGGGGACUUUGCACUUUUUUUAUUCAGUGAAUUCAAAACAAAAUCAGCUUCUUCAGUGGUUCCAGUCAUAUGUAGGUGGACAUCACUGCAAGGCUUCCAGACAAUGUCUUGUGGACAGCUACUGCAUUUUGGUUAUAAGUGGUUUCUCGGUGUCUGUGGGCAGGAUCUGUCCAUGGGAGUCCAAGGGGUCAUCUCACUAGUGGGCCACCUGCCACUGCCCUGGGCCCUCAUCCUUGUGACCAGGGUCUGAGGCUAGAUCAGUGUUACAGCCCCCAAGCAUCCCAUGCAGCCUCUGCCCAGAAUAUGAGUCAUUGAGUCUGUAUGAUGCCAGGGGAACAAGAGAGAAACACAAGUCCUGUGGAGUGCAGGGGCCAAGGACAAUUAUGCAACACCCCGUCUUUGCCUGCUCUCCUCCCUCGCUGUCCCUGUUGCCAGCCACUUGGUUAUAACAACGUAUGUGUGUCAAACACAGCAAGGAUGUGUCUGUUUUCUGGGAAUCCUAGCAGCAUGUCCCUCAGGUACAGGUUUUGUCUAGACAUGUUUGGGAGCCAGGAGGUGGAGCCUCAGGCCAACUUUCCACUACUGGGGACCCAUCCUAGGACCUUCAGAGUGGGGCACACACAUGUGGCUGGGCCAGGAAGCUAGAGAAGGCAGGAGGUGGUGUGGUCUGGUUUCUGGGUAGGGAGGCAGAGUCACGGAGGGCAGCCAAGACAGGCAGUAGUCUGACUCGACCUCCAAAGGAGAAGGGCCUCUCCUGCCCAAUCCUGGGUGGGGACCUGGUGGACCAAGUGACUGCUGAACUGCCACCCUCCAGGUGAUGGUGGGCUAGAGUGCCUAAACGGCAGGAUCCAGCAGUCCUGCAGGUUCUCCCAAGAGCAAGAACAGGAAAGAGGCCCUGCUGGCUAGACACAUGGUCAGGCACACACACGAUGGGGGUGCCUUUUGCCCAAGUGGGGGAACUCCACCUGGUUGAGCUGCCCCAUCGCCCCAUCCCAUGCUCACCACGGCACCUGUG